UCUGACACAGUUCAUAGACAGCUGACAAUGCCAAGCUUCUUGUAACCGUCCGAUGAAUGGCUAGCUUCAGUUUUCGCUGAGAAUUCACUCAAAGCCGAUCAUAAUUCUUCUCAGAUUCUGUUGUUGCAUUCUGUUGUUACGAAGUUUGACUAAAGAGCCACCUUUUCAAGCUUUGAAAUAAUGGAAACUCGAUUGUGAUUCGUCCUGCCUACACAACAUGAACCGAUUUAAAGGCACACAUGUCUACUGACGGAGUGCGAAAGAGGCUGCAUAAUAUGUUGCUACAAAUGCCUUAAGUACAGGAGAGUACACUGCAUCACUUCACAAUGAGGAACAUGGACAAGAGCUUCAAGGGAUAUGCAUGGCAAGGGGAAAUUGGCGAAGGUGCAUUUGCAAGUGUUUCGUUGUGGAUGGGAAUGAAAGAUAAGAGGCUUUAUGCGGCCAAAAGUAUGCAUUUCGGAGCUAACAGAAGACUGAAAUGGGAAGCAGAGAAUGAAAUUGAGAUAAUGAAAGAUCUUCGUCGUCACCCAUACAUCGUAUCCCUUUGUGACGUAAUCAGGGAGCAAGAAUCGACUACGCUGAUGUUGGAAUACGUUUCAAAUACCUGCUAUCUGAAUGGGAUCGCUAAAUGGGCGAAUUUCACUGAAACAGAUGCACAAGUGUCUAUGAAACAAUUGCUGCAAGCAAUCAACUAUUGUCACAGACACAAAGUAAUUCACAGGGAUCUUUCCCCACUAAACAUUCUUUGGGUGCAAAGACCAACCUUCAUGAAACCUGAUGUUUCUCCGUGGUUAAAGUUGAUCGAUUUCAAUUUGGCCAGAAGAGUAUCUGAUGGCAAAAGUAUAAUAGAAUGUGAUCCACUUGGCACUGACCUGUUCAUGUCCCCAGAAUCGCUGAAGGACAAGUGUCAAAUUGGACUUUCGAACGAUGUUUGGUCACUUGGAGUUUUGCUUUUCUUUACUCUGGUUGGCUAUCCUCCAUUUUGGUGUGAUAAUUAUUCUCAUUUAUUGAAAAAUAUCGAAGAGGGAAGCUACUGUAUGCCAAAAAGAUACUGGAGUUCUGUGUCUAGCGAGGCACAAGAUCUUGUUAAAGAAAUGCUGAUAGUAAAACCUUCACGCCGCAUAACUGCCGCAGAUGCAUUAAAACAUCAAUGGUUUAGGAAGAAUUUGAGCGAUGACUCAAAGAUGAAAACAGAGCUCAGCAUUGUGCAAUCUCGUAUAACUGUUCACCUAAACAGAACAGCGCCGUCUAACAGGCAAAUCAAUAACACAUCACGUGUAUUUCCAAGAUUAUCGACAAGAAAAGCACAUGUUCCUGAUAAGGAACUUGACAUGUUGGCUCUACAGAUCAAAGAAAACAAUAACAUUUAAACACAUGCUACUCUGUGAUGAAAAUGUAGCAAUUACCAAUGCUACGAGAGUGAGGUGUCUGAAAAAGAUCAGGUGUCGAGAUGGCCGUAAAAAAUUGUCACUGCAGCAAGUGCUAAGGGAAGAUUUGAAUUGAAUCGAUAAUGUUCGAACCUAAGGCAAGGUGUAAUAUGGCUCUCAUGUCAGCAGAAGUCAAUUCAAUCCACUAUUUUAUGACCAUUCGGAUGACUCAUAAUACUAAUCAGAAGCAAAAAGAAAUCAAACGUGACUUGCUUGCAGGUUUAUAACAGCUAUUCUCAUCAAUGAUAACCUAGGAUGUAUGAUUCAACAGUUCUCUUCUGAAGACGACAACAAACAUUUUUAAUUGUCAACGCUUUGGUGCCGUGACCAGUAGCUCCUGCACAAAUAACUCAUUGAACUGCAUUGUUAUGCAUAUGUCCAGUUGAUAUAAUUGAAAUCGCCGGGGCUCAACACCAUCAGCAAUUACAUACACUUUUCCUGAGGAAAUUGUUGUUGAACAAACAUAUUUGCGCAGUUUUCUAACUCAAAGUUGUAUAUUAAACUAGCAUUAUUAAUUUGACAAUAAGAACUUACUGCUUUGUCAAGCAGUCGUUACCACCAACACCCUCUCUCCUCAUGAAAUUUUUCUUUUAAAACAAAGCCAUCCUGGUAAAUAUGUUUACAAAAGUUUGAUGCAAUUUUCCCUCCCGUCUCGAGCAGCGAAUCUGACAUAUCUGAUUUAUUUCUUUUGCUUUUAUUCAGUGAGUUAGGUAAAACUAAAUUCAAGAAGCUUGCAUUUUUUGAAAUUGAAUUCUCUUCACUUUCAAGCGUGAUAGUUAUCAAAGUUUUACCAAGACUCAUUUGCUAGAAAGAUUGGAGAUCAAAAUUUGACUGAAGUUUUACUAAGCUUAUUAUUCAGUCCCUAUAUAAGACAUUAACCAUGCUUUUAUGUUACCAUAUGCAAAACCUGUUCAAGAAAUUGCUUUAAUAUUGAGCUUCAUGCAUGUAAAAUUAUCAAACGGUGCCUAAAAAAAUCUGCAAAAUUUUAAAAUACCAUGAACAUGUAUAAAGCUUUAUUUGUAUUAUAUUUGUAAAUAUGUGUGAUAUAAAUGUGAUAUAUGUGAAUUGUUAGAAAAAGAUUUUAUACGAAGAGAUUUUAAAAGUGAUAAAAGUUUGAUUUUAUAUAAGCUGUAAAUGUAUCGCCUAAUCUGAUCCAGCGAAUGAAGUUCUUAACCGCUUUCUC